AUGCAACGGAUAAUUUUUACAAUCUUGGCAGUAGGCAUUGCUUGUGGGAAUGGGGCCGUUUUAAAUCAAACAACGGAUUUGCCCCCCAUCAACGGCACUACCCUGACACCACCUGUCAACGGCACUACCCUGGCGCCACCUGUCAACGGCACUACCCUGACACCACCCUUCAACGGCACUACCUUGACACCACCCGUCAACGGCACUACCUUGACACCACCCGUCAACGGCACUACCUUGACACCACCUGUCAACGGCACUACCUUGACACCACCCGUCAACGGCACUACCCUGACACCACCCUUCAACGGCACUACCCAGGCUCCACCCGUCAACGGCACUACCUUGACACCACCCUUCAACGGCACUACCCUGACACCACCCGUCAACGGCACUACCUUGACACCACCCGUCAACGGCACUACCCUGACACCACCCUUCAACGGCACUACCCAGGCUCCACCCGUCAACGGCACUACCUUGACACCACCCUUCAACGGCACUACCCUGACACCACCCGUCAACGGCACUACCUUGACACCACCCUUCAACGGCACUACCCUGACACCACCCGUCAACGGCACUACCCUGACACCACCCGUCAACGGCACUACCUUGACACCACCUGUCAACGGCACUACCUUGACACCACCCUUCAACGGCACUACCCUGACACCACCCGUCAACGGCACUACCUUGACACCACCCGUCAACGGCACUACCUUGACGCCACCUGUCAAUGCAACAAUCCCAUCGAACCAAACAAUUUGGUUAAUUGCUUAA